CGAUAGAAGCCUUCGGUUUGCACUAAACUUCUAGGAAUUCUAUGGAAAGGCAUUAUAAGCAUUAUAUUAACGAUAUUUGGGUCAAAGUUAUAGAAAAAUAACUUUUACUUUAAUUUGUAAGGAAAAUAAUAAUUGUCUGGAUUUCUGGUUCGACUACUUUUUGCCGUUACAUCGAUGCAACAAAAUUUGUGUCUCAUAUUCUCCUAUCGUAUCGUUUGAAUCGUAAAACAAGAGCUUAAUUCACAGAUAAAGCACUUAUUGCUUCUCCAGAUUUGGUCAUCGAAACUGUUCAUCACUUUCUUGGAAGAGAGGGAAAACAGUGUUUCAUUUAUUUUGUGAAACUUUUUUUGUGCGAAAAACUUUUCGAUAAUAAUUUUUUUUUCUGAUUCAUCGGCUAUUGUUGGCAAUCAAUUGUUAAAUACAAUGAAUGCGUUAAUAAUUUUAACCUUUUUAUUGAGUGUUCUGUCGGUGGCGUUAAGUCAGCGGUUUCUAUACGGCAGGGAAUCUCCUUAUCUGAACGGCCAGUUAUAUCGCACCCAAAUGUAUAAACCGCUUAAAGCCGUGGCUGUAGUCAGCGGUAAGACUGUGAACGGUGUCAUCAAUUUUGAGCAAAUCGGCUACGAUAGGGUGCGAGUGACAGGAAAACUGGUGGGUUUGGCGAAAGGGCCGCACGGUUUUCACGUCCACCAGUUCGGCGAUCUGACCAACUCGUGCGUCAGUGCCGGCGGACACUUCAACCCACACAACAGAGAACACGGAUCGCCCGACGACUUCAACCGACAUGUGGGAGAUUUGGGUAAUAUCUUCGCCGACGACAGCGGAGAGGCUGUGAUCGACAUUCAGGACUAUUACCUGACGCUCAACAGCGGCCCCAACUCUAUCGUUGGUCGCGCUGUUGUGGUUCACGAGAAUGUGGACGAUUUGGGUCGUGGAGGUCACGAACAAAGCAAGACAACAGGCAAUGCUGGCGGUCGACUGGCCUGUGGUAUAAUUGGAUGGGCUAGUGAUAAGCCUAAAUAACGAUUGGGCUAAACCUAAAAUUACCUUUUUCACAUAAGUACCCAAAUGCAAUAUAUUAUAUGAAGUGUUUUGUUUGUUCGAAAUCUAUAUUUAUAAUCGAAAAUAACAUUAAUUUGUCUGUAAAUCCAAAUCCUAACCUCAAAGAGGAAUAUAAGGUAAAUAUGAUAUACCCGUAAACAUACCGUAAUUAUCACAUUCCGUAUAUAACAAUACAUUUCAUAUAAAAAA